AUUCUGCAUUAUAGCUCUUUUAACUUUUUAAGUUACCUAUAAUUUCUUGUUACCUGUUACUCUACUCUGCAUUCUCAUUCUACUCUUGCUCUCUCCUCCUGCUCUGACAUCACAAUAACGACCUUACUCUCGGUGUCCUUUCUCCCACUGCUAUGUGUGCCUUUACUUCUAAGUGCUUCUUGAGUUCAGUUCUGUUUUUACUUCUCUUGUGUGCUGACUAAAACAAAACCCUAUCCUCAGUUACUGUUCUAAAAAGCCCUCCUCAGCUCAGUUCUGACUCUUCUCUCUGUCCUCAGCACUUAGACCGCUCUCAGAAUACAAGGUCACACGUUAAAAAGUUCAUCACAAGUGUACACAAAUUCAAAUCAUAAACUGAAAUAGAAUUUUACAAUGGACAGAGUUCCAGCCCCAGACUCUACAUGAAAAGCUGAGCAUUCUGAAAUCCAUUGUCUACCACAACCCACCAAUGACCGCUGAGUCAAAGUCCAGAUUCAGGAAAACCAGGGAGCUCUGGGCUUUUCUGAAGCUUUUAUUCCAAGAUAGCUCAGGGUUCAAAGAAGGGGGAGGAAACAAAUGAUAAAUGAACAUUUCUCAUCAUUUUCAACAAAUAUGCUCAAGAUAAAAAGAUCUCCAGGCCAAAAGGGGGUUAUUUGCAUAAUGUCUUUGAGUGCUACGCUGUAAUAAACUUCCCCUAAGUUUCUUUCAUAUUAACUGAUUAGUGCAUCUCUCAACUCUGAUCAAAAAAAAGUUUGGUUGGUUGGUUUCGGGGCUUUUUUGUUUUUGGGGGGUUUUUGUGUUUUUUUGUGGUUUUUUUUUUUUUGCAAUAGAUGGCAGCUAAUACAAAGAUCUACAACUAGUCAUAUGUAAAGAAUAAGAGACUGUGCAGUGAUCAACUCUAAAUGGAACAUCUAUAUCACAUCCCUACAUACACCUCCAAGAUCAUAGAAGGAAAGACAGAAAGACCUUAAGAGUGAGUAGUGGAUGUCUGCAGCAAAAUAUACGUGCUGAACAUGGCAGGGUCACUGUACACAUGAUCUCACAGCAGCUUGGGCUGUAUACACAAGACCUGCAGAAGAUCAAGUCAGCAAAAGUCCUUAUGUAAGCAGGGGAGGGAUUCAUGAAGUUCCACCUCUUGCUGAGGAGCUGUUGGAACCUGAUGGCUCUUGGAAGAGGAAGAGAAAGUUCUCUUCAGGGACACUUGAGAAGCUGUCUAUUCUCCAGUAGAUGGCCCUGCAUAUUUGCACACACAGUGGGGUUUUAAAAAAAUAAAAAAUAAAGGAAGGGAGGGAGGGAGGGAGGGAGGGAGGGAGGGAGGAAGGAAGGAAGGAAGGAAGGAAGGAAGGAAAGAAAGGCUGGAGAGUUGCCUCAAAGGUAAAGAACACUUGUUUCUCUAUCAGCGAACUCAGGUUUAGUUCCCAGCACCCACAUGGCUACUCACAACUGUCCAUAAUUCCAAUUCCAGAGAAAUUGACCUCUUCUGACCUCCUCAGGUACCAGACACACAUGUGAUACACAUACAUACACUCCUACAAAACACUCAUAUAAAUAAAAUUAAAAUUAAAUAAAUCUAAAAAUUAAAAGAGAGAGCACAUGAAAUUGGAGAGAAUAGGAGGGGUGGGGAGAAACUGGAAGAGAGCAAAAGUGGGGCAGAAUUGAUCAAAACACAUUAUAUACAUCUCUGAAAUUCUCAACAAUAAAAUAACUUUUAACUAUAAAAAAAAACUGAGCAUGAUGGCACAUGCUUAUAAUCGCAGCACUAGGGAAACAGAAAGAUGCCUAGAGGCUGUGUCAAGCCAGGCUAGCCUCAUCAGUGAACGCCUGCUCCCCCAAACCAAAAUGAACACCACCUAAGGGAUGGCAUUCAGGAAUGGAAGCACAUAUACACAUGGGGGUGAUGGGGGAUAAACCGGAGAGAGCUGUACAGGCAAUUACUCUGUGAUAUCACCGGCCUUUAUAUAGACUUCAGCCACAUUCAUUCUAAGAACGGUAAUUCUAACUUUGUCUAUUUUAGUAUUAAUUCUGUUAAUACUUUAAAUAAGAGCCAUAGGUCAUAUUAUCUAUCUGCCCUAAUAGUACCUCAUAAAAAACUACACAUUAAAUUUUGUUAAAUUUAUAUUUAUUUUAUAUGCAUGGGUGCUUUGCCUGCAUGCAUGUCUGUGCACCACAUGAAUGCCUGGUGUCCCAAAAGGUCGGAAGAGGGAGAUGGAUCCCCAAGAACUAGAAUUAAGGAUGGUUAUAAGGCACUACGUGGGUGCUGUGAAUUGAACUUGGGUCUUCUGGAAGAGAAGCUAGUGCUCUUAACCACAGAGCCAUUGCUCCAGCACACAUCAAAAAAAUUUUGAGAACUACAUAAGCAUUUCAAGAAACAGCAGAGAGCUGAGACUAUAACUCAGUGGUAGAAAAGCUGAUUGGCAUGCAAACGGUUCUAAAUUCAAGCCCCUGUCUGUCUCUGUCCUAUCUCUGUCAGUAUGGAAGGAGGAAAUGGUCUAACAUUCCUUACUAUUGUAUUGCUCAAUAGUCUAAGAACUAUAUUUAUGGUGACAAUUACUGUUAUUAGCCAGUGAAAAGGCAAUUUUUAAUUUGUAAAAUGAACAAUUAAUUACCUUUGUUUUAAAAAAAUACUUGAAAAUACAUGUCUGAAACAGACACACAAAUACACAUGUGGUAUUUGUCUGAGCUUGGCUAUUUCUCUUAUGAGAACAAAACAAAACAAAACAAAACAAAAAAUUAAAGCUAACCAGUAUUCCUGGGACAUUUUCCAGCUUGGAAUGUGGGGCUAAUUUUACUUGGCACAGGCAUAUACAGCACUUCAUGCAGCUGUUUAAUGCAUUUUUAAUGCUCACUUUUACUGUGACCCUAUAUUAAAUCAUAUUAACCAAACUAAGUUACAGUUCUUCAGACUGGAGCCAAAGGGCUGCUGGGUCAGCACCAUGGACAGAGGAGAAGCAAAGGAAAGCAGGCUUGUAAACCCAUUAUCUGUGAUGCGAAGGUCUACCAAAGCAGCAAUGGGUAAAAUGCUCUUCUUGGGUUCAAAGAGUAAGAUGUCUGUGAUCUACCCAGGAAUUGAGGUCUAUAAUAAUAAUAAUAAUAAUAAUAACAACAACAACAACAACAACAACAACAAUCACUCUCCAAUGUCUCCAACUUACAUGUAUUGCCCUACAUGAGGAUCCACUUCUCUGUUGACAAAUGUGUUCUUCUGCUCUUAAGACGAAAACGCUUGUGCUAAAGUAAACAUUACCAACUCUGGGAGCCUUUGUUGCCCUUUGCAACUGUCCCUUCAAAAGAAUCGUUGAUGCACCUGCAGUGGGCAUAUUAUGUUGGUGAAGUUGCUUCAAACCGGGGCCCCUGACUUUCUGAAACACAUUCCGAUGCUUUCACAGAACACAUAAAACACUCAGGAUCUGCUUCAAAAUAUUUCUGAAUCAAAAGACUAGGUAGGGAAUGGAGUAGACAGAUAAGCCAUGCGUUAACAGUUAAAGCUGGGAGACAGGAACAUGAGCUAAUUCUUUUGUAGAUAUUUGAAAUUUUCCACUAAGAUAUAAUUGUGUACUUCUGAAAGACCAAAACAUCUAACAAUCCCCACCCCUAGCAGAUAAUAAAAGUGAGUCCAAAUGUCUUCAGCUCCAGGUAGAACUUUAAAGAAGACAGGCUGCAACUUCUCACAGCAAAGUUGAGAUUUUUGUCUUACUCUGUCUAAGUGACAGAGAAGUACAGAUAUCUAAGAAUAAUGGUUUCCUUCUGAAGCAAGAUCUUAAGAGAGCAAUUUCUAGACCAGGAACAAAUGGAAAUUUGCCACGUACCUCCCUUGACAAACUCCUGUACCAAGCCCGAGACAAAAGGGAGGAGCACUUCCAAGCAGGCAUGGUUACGGGUACCUAUAACCCCAGAAUUCCAGUAGUAGAGGCAGAAAGAUUACAAGCCAAGGCCAGCUGGCUACAGAGCCAGAUUAUCUCAAAAAUUAUUUUACAUCCUAUUUCAUAUUUCAUUAAGCUAACAUCCUAGUGUGUAGAAUGGAUGUGUUUCCCAGUUAUUCCAAAGUGUGAUUAUACCACUGCUAGCCAGCCUCCUUUAAUUAGCCUGAUCUGGUAAGUCUUGAUCCAUUUUCCCAGUCUAGCAGCAAGAGACUAGACUAAUGGCUGCACCUACAAGGAGAAAUAGAACCUACCAUUCCCUAGUGAGUCUUAAGAAAAUUACCACUCUCUGAUGUCUCCAGCUUGCAUUUAUUGACCUGUGUGUGGAUUCACUUCUCUGCUGACAAAUGUGCUCUUCUGCUCUCAAGACACAAACACUGGUGCUCAAGUAAACAUAAUAGUUAACUAGCAACCUUUUUAAGACAGGGCCUCGUGUGCCCAGGUUGGCCUCAAAACUUGCUUUGUAGUGAAGAACAACCCUGAACUCUUGAUCCUGCUGCCUCCACCACCUCCAAAGUUCUAGGAUUACAAGCAUGUGCCAUCACACCCAGCUCCUUCUUAUCUUAUACUCUCCUUCACACAGUUCAUGGUAAAUCUCCCUAAGUCCAACAAGCCUUCAAGUUUGUGACCUUGAGCUGCUGAGAUGUGCACCUGGCUUAAUACCAACAAGAGGGCCAUGUACAUAAAAGACCCUAUUCUCAUCCCAUGACUCCCCAUCACCUUUAGCGCUUGCACCACCCUUACUGAGGUCUCAGCGCCCUAAACUCUAAAAUAGAGACAACCUCAUCCUCUCUAUGGGAUUCUUGUGAAGGCCAGUCUUUGCUCAAUCCCCACUAGAGGUCUGUCUUUUGGAUCUCAUCCUUAGUACUACUUCUUCCAAGAAAUUCACCCAGACCUCUUACCUAAACCAAAUCUUGAAUGUGUUUCUCUUCUUGGAAGGAUUCACCCCAGGUAUACAGAACUUUAUUUGUAACUACUAAUGAUAGGAGAUCUUGUUUUGCUUAUCACCUACCACCAUGUCUGGUAAGAAACCAGUACUCAAUAAUACUAUCUUUAAAUGCAAUUAAAACAGGCUGUGUAUUGGCUCCAUCUCUCCCGUGGCAGAUACUAACUAGAUGCACCCGCGGAUUAUUCCGUUCUGACCUUCCUUCAGUUUAUGCCGUGCCAUUUAUCCUUAUGGUAUUCUCUAUGCCGCUUCGAUGCUAGAACUAGCCAAAUCAUGGCAAAACCUUUGAGAAAUAAGUCAUUGGUCUGUUUUCUAAUAAGCUACCUGCCUCUGAGAAUAAGAGUUGUGCUGCCCACUAACGAUGCCAAGAGCCUAAAACAUUGUCACAAAGUAGGCACUUACAGGACAGACAUUUAUGAGCCAGCAGGCUCUGAGACAUCUAGCUAUGAAGUUUUGCAGCAGUAGGGGAAUCUAGGCCCGGUCCUAUUAGGUCCCAGAUAGCCCGUUGGCUACUCAGACCUCAGAGCCUUGGGUAAUUAAGAGAUUCCCCAAAAUGAAAAUAAGCCUUCUCCUGACCAUACAUUUGAACAGAGCUAGCCACACAUCCUUCCUCAGGAGUCCUGGCUCCAACCAAGGCUCCCAGACAGUAGCAAUCCAUGCACAGCCAGAUGCUGACUGUAAUCCCUCCGCCAGUUGUCACAAAGAAGUCCCUCCACCCGCAACCCCAACACACACGCGCGCACCCCUUCCACUAAAGAAAUUACUCCAGCCUCCCGCAACGUCUGCCUGGCCUGAGGCAGGACGCUAGCUCGCGUCCUGCUUCACAAUCUCUGGAGGAAUAGGAUCAGACCUCAGCGUGUCCCUCCGCCCAGAAUUUCCCUUCACCCUCAUUCCUAAAGUCCCUCGGCGGCAAGUCGCGGUGCUGCGCGCUCUCGCGAGAUUCCUCCACGCAUGCCUUCCCGCCCCCCUCCUUGCCCGCGAGGAAGCCUCGCACGGACCCCGGUCGCGAGCGGCGCAUGCGUGGCCGCGGCUCCCAGCGCCCCCCGCGCUCUGCGCUGGCGGAGCUGACAGGGCAGCGCGCCAGCCGUUCGCCGCCCCCCGCGAGGCCUAGCCUCAUCCCGCAGCUUCUUCCCCUCUGGCCGAGGUUCUCGGCAUCCUCGUGCGGAGGAACCCCGAGCGCUGCAGGCGCCGCUGCGAGUCCGGACAUUCCUGCGCUCGCGCCCCUGGUGGGCACCUGCAGCGGCCUGGACCUGGACCAGGACCCCAGGGCUGGCCGCGCCUCGCGGACACACCCCCUCCCGAUCGGCGCCUCCGCCCAGCAUCAGUCCCCUGGGUCCCCUUCCAGCCUAGCUUCUAACCUAAGGUCUUUCCGACCUUGCACCUUAAAGAACCUCAUGGGAGGGGGCGCAUCUUGAUUGGAUAAGAGGCCGGGUUUGCAGACUUUGGGGUGGGUGCACAUUCACCCUUUCAAGAGCCUUGUACAAAUUUGAUUAAUCAGCCUGGAGUUCCUUGUCCCAGCUAACUGCUGUCUUUUAUGUCUCUACGGUCCCAUAUUUCCAAGGGCAUUAAGUGGAGGGCACUCGGAAGCUUCUCUGGGCCCUGACUUGGAGCUAGACCUGUUGGCCCCAUUGGAUCAUGGCUACUGUCAUGAACCCUCAGAUCGACGUGGAAGUUGAGGAGUGCCUCAUAAUGAAAGUGGAAAAGGACUCCGAGUGGGUAUCGGAGCCCAUUCUGGAAAGAUCAGGCAGCACUGAAUGUGAGUCCUUCCGUAAAUGCUUCAGGCAGUUCUGUUAUGAGGAUGUGACAGGACCCCAUGAAGCUUUCAGUAAACUCUGGGAACUCUGCUGUCGGUGGCUGAAGCCAGAAAUGCGUUCCAAGGAACAGAUCCUCGAGCAGCUGGUAAUCGAACAGUUUCUCACCAUUCUGCCUGAGAAGAUUCAGACCUGGGCGCAGAAGCAAUGUCCAGAAAGCGGAGAGGAGGCGGUGGCCCUAGUAGUGCAUUUGGAGAAAGAGACCAGAAGACUUCGAAAGCAGGUCAGUAGCCCUCUGCCUUCAGAGAAGCAAGCCCCACCUAGAACUGUGUGGGAAGUAGCUGACUUUGAGCCAGAGCAACUGGAGACCCAGCACAGGGUUGUUUCUCUGGAGGAAGCUGGAAGCCUCCACUCAGGACACCAAGAACAGCUGAACCAAAAAAGGGAACAUAGGCCAUUACCUAAGAAUGCUCACUCUUCUGUCUGGGUUCCUGUCCCUAGUGAUGAGUGGAAUGCUCUCGAUGAGGAAGUGACAACCCAGGUAAUGUACUCCCAGGUGAAGUGUAAUUGUCCUCCCUGCCUUCCUUCUAGGGAGUUCAGUCAGGUAUUUCCUGUGCUAGCCUACAUUGUUUAUACUUCUUCCAAGAGACUUUUCCUUCAUUUCUUUUGUAGAAGAGGUUGGACUCAGUCGUCUCAGUAACGGAGCACCUUGCUGGAUCAGCUCUUUCACUGUCUCAUCCUAAUUCUUUACUGUAUCUUCCUCUUGACUUGAUACAUGAUACACACGUGUUUGCUUAACUCAGUUCUUCUUUAGGGCUCUUCUCUGAUUCAUCCAUGGCUGAUCACCCUUCAGAGACCCCUGCAGGUGUCUUGGUAGUCACUGGUGUUAGUGUUGUUACAGGAACCAAUAAGAGAUGUCCACACAGAGAGAAGCUUUUCCUACAAAAAAAGUGUACAGCAAGUUCCGGCGCACAGAGGUCUCUACCACGAAAUCAGGAAGGAAAGUGCAGGGAGCAUGGUUUCCCUGGGAGACUCUGUGUCUGCACCUAACAAAAUAGCCCAGUUGGAACAAAAAAAGGAACCAUGGAGCGUAGGUCUUCAUUCCUCAAACAAGAGGAAUAGUGUCCUGCAAAGCAACUACAUCAAAGAGAAGUCGGUCCAUGCUGUUCAGAUCCCAGCUAGGAAUGCAGGGAAAGUGUGGCGAGAGCAGCAACAGUGGGGUUUGGAAGAUGAAAAGAUUGCAGGUGUGCACUGGAGCUAUGAAGAAACCAAGACUUUUCUUGCAAUUCUCAAGGAAUCUCGCUUUUAUGAAACACUCCAGGCUUGUCCCCGAAAUAGCCAGGUAUAUGGUGCUGUGGCUGAAUGGUUGCGAGAAUGUGGCUUCCUCCGAACACCAGAGCAGUGCCGGACCAAGUUCAAAAGUCUUCAGAAGAGUUAUCGAAAAGUGAGAAAUGGCCACAUGCUAGAACCCUGUGCCUUCUUUGAGGACAUGGAUGCCUUGUUAAACCCUGCAGCCCACACUUCAUCUACUGAGAGGCCAAAGGUUGUGAUCUCUCUCCCACUAAAGAGAACUGCUAUUAGUGCUAAAGAGCAGGUCAGUUUGGUGGAGGAGGAGGAAGGUGCUGAAGACUCCGAUGGUGAUGAAGUGGGCAUUGAGUUUAUACGCAAGUCUGAAAUCCGUGCUGCCCCUGUCUUAUUUCAAAACCUAAGUGAAACAGAAGACUCCUCGGCAUUUCCUUUUUAUAAGUUGGAAACUUAGCUGAAUGGGAUGCUAUCCUGAGGACACGACUCAUUUCAUUUCACAUCAGACACCGGUCUUUAAAGUUCUCAUCUCUUUGAACACAAGAUUUUUCUUCAGCAUUCAAUUUCCUGGUGUGCAUUGGGGCUAUGAAGAAACCAAGACUUUUCUUGAUAUCCUUCAAGAGACCCGAUUUUAUGAAGCACUUCAAGCCUGCCAUCGGAAGAGCAAAUUGUAUGGAGUCGUGGCUGAACAACUUCGAGAAUGUGGCUUUCUCCGGACACCAGAGCAAUGCCGAACCAAGUUCAAAAGCCUUCAGAAGAGUUACCGAAAAGUGAAGAAUGGCCAUGUACUGGAGUCCUGUGCAUUUUACAAGGAGAUGGAUGCCCUGGUUAACUGCCGUCCAUCCUCCCUUUCCACCAACACCUCAGAAGAAGUCCCAUCCCUCUCAAGGCAGGAAAGGGGACAUAUUGAGGUUGAACCCCGAGAGCCUACAACCUGGGAACCUGUGGAGACCCCACAGGAAGCAGUGUUAGAAGAUUCUGGCAGUGAGAGACUGAGUGAGGAGGAAAUGAUAGAAGAGCCAGAACUUGAAGGACCUUCAGGCCUGCUGCAAAGCCCAGCUGGUUUUGAAAUUGGAACUAUUAUUAAGGAAGACCCAACACAGGUAAUGUUUAAGGACACAGAGCCCCAUAGGGUAUUAAUGGAAAAACCUAAAAGACUUGUUUCCCAGAAUACUAACCCCAGUAAAUACUGUAAAAGGGAGUACUUCUCAGGAAGACACUGUGAAAACCUUCAAGGAGUUAGACAGGGAAAGCUGAUGUCUCAACCUAGAGAUACAGGGAAGGCUGUGGUGCAUCAGAGGCCUUGUGUGGGGAGGAGACCAUAUAGACUUCUCAAAUAUGGGGAAAACUUUGGAAGGAGUGCCCGUCUUGUGUGCAGGAUGACCCACCAGAAGGAGAAUCCUUUUAAGUGUGGUGUCUGUGGGAAGUGCUUUGGUAGGAGCAGGAGCCUUAUCAGACACCAAAGAAUCCACACUGGGGAAAAGCCUUUCAAAUGUCCUGACUGUGGGAAAAGCUUUAAUGACUCCUCAAAUUUUGGAGCCCACCAGAGAGUCCAUACUGGAGAGAAGCCGUACAGAUGCAGGGAGUGUGGGAAAUGCUUCAGCCAGAGCUCAAGUCUUAUCAUCCAUCAGAGAACCCACACUGGUGAGAAGCCCUAUCAGUGUGAAGAGUGUGGGAAAAGCUUCACCAACAGUUCUCACUUCAGUGCCCACCGCAGAAUCCAUACUGAAGAGAAUCCCUACAAAUGUGGGGACUGUGAGAAGAGCUUCAAUAACUGCGCAAGGUUCCGAGAACACCAGCGAAUCCACAAUGGAGAGAAGCCCUACACAUGUGCCCAGUGUGGCAAACAUUUCAAUAAGAGCUCUUUCCUCACUAAACACCGGGAAGUCCACAUGAGAGAAAAGCUGCUGCCAUACUCCCCCUCUGUGUACUCCCCAGAGAACCUACUGAAAGGCAAGAGUGCCGAGCUCAGGAAGACCUUUUGACAGUGAGCUUGCCUUUCCACUCACCCUGUUAGCCAUCUGAUCCUAGUUCUGCUCUUGGAAGCAGUCUUCUUAGCUAUAAAUUACAGUUCCCAAGACAGGCCUGAGAAUCGAAGUAAACUAAACCUCUCAUCUGGUCUCACCUCAUAGUCUGACAUGCUCAGUCUGCCUCUCUCCUGUGAGUCUUGGAAGUUUCAAUAAAUGAGAUAAUAAGAUUUUUUAAAUUCAAAAUAAAAUUCUCACUAGAAUGUUGAGGCUAAUGCUAUUUCCCAGCAAAUUUCAAAACUUUUGCACAUGGAUUAAUCCAUAUAUUUUCAAAUAUAUGAAUGGUGUAAAGUUUUUAUGGUGUUAUCUAUCACCCUUAUGAGACCUUGGCAGCAACUUGACAAUGGAUUUUCAUAUCUGGGUAGAACUUUUAGGAGUUUGAUAAGAACUGUAUCAGAUCCAUCUUGGUUUUGAGGGUACAAAAGGAGAGUGGAGGUUUAUAGCUUCCUUCAGAAGUCUGUAUCAAGAAGUUGACCCAAAUAGCUAAGGUCUAAUUUCCUGUGUUGUUACAGAAAUCAUGUUGCUAAUACUUUGUCCUCCACCAAGAUAAGCAAAUGCUCACCCUUUAUCUCCCUUUUUGUUCCUCAAGACUUAACUCCAGUGGCUGCUGCUUCUCCAGUGACACAUGAUCCUUGUAUUAUUUAUCACAAGUCUAUACUUACCUCUUAAUUGUUCUGGGUGCUCUUGUCUGACUCUUCUGGGCUGCCUGACCCACUCAGAUGGGAGAGGAUGCACAGUAGUGCUGUCUCAUUAAGAGACAAUCAGAUUCCAACUCUACUUCUACCCCAUCAUUUCUCUGACUCUUAACUUAGAGCAAGACCUAUGGUAUGUAGGUAUAUUUCAAAUUGCCUAGCUCUGUAUUUCAAUGUAAUAUAAUAGUGUUUCUAAAAGUUUAAGGCUAUAAGGAAGAAGAUAAGGCCUGUGAAGUAUUUAACUGACUCUUUAGGCCUGUUUUAGAUGGAAGAGCUACCUCAGUCCAGACUACACUUCCAGGGUUGACUGCUACACUACUAGUCUCUGGUUCUGAAGCUUAGUUUGUGAGAUCAUAAACCUGACUGUAAAGUCCUAAAUAAUAACACCACUCUAUAGUUCACUCAGUGAAAGUGAAAUUACUUACAAACUUCCACUCUACCACCUUAUUUUCCCCGUUGUCCUAUUCUGGGAAGAAAAAAAAAAACUUUAACCAAGUAUAAUCUGUCAGAAAGUUUCUGGUGGAGAAAUAAUUAACUUGUAUAGAAUUACAGAUGAAAUUCAGAAGUUUGAUCUUCCCAAAACAGUUACUUGAAGUAGAGGCCUGUGGUGUUCAUACCUUUAGUACAUAGGUAGCCCCGUGUAGCUUUGCUUUGGGGAGGGAGAAGUCCCAAUAGGGAAGGAGAGCCAUAGUCGGGUGUUUCUAGGUUCUCCUGUCAGAUGCUCUCAUUUGAAAACAUCUAGAGAUGAUAUUUUUUAUGUGAAUAUAUUUGAAUCUUUUGAGACCUAUUCAGCAAAGUAUCAAAGAGGGUAGACAUUGUAUAAAGAAAAGUGCUUUAUGGUGCCAACAUAGGAUAGCCUGUUGGAAGGCAAGUGACUCAGGUAAAUGCUGAUAACUGUUUGUGAUGUGUGUUUGUUGGAAAUGUUAUCAUUGUUGACAACUAUAACAGUAGCUAAUUUCCUGUGUAUUGUCUGAAAUAGAGACUCCUAAUGGUACAUGCAGCGUCAUGUUGGUAUUGUGCCUAGAGCAGUAAGAUUGUGUGAUGCCAGUGGACUUGUGCUUAUAAUUACGUAGAUGCUCUGGAAUUCCAGCUCUAGAAAAGAUGCACAUUAGUCUAAAUUGCCACUUAGUAACAUGUACACAGGAUUGAUACUUAUAUGGAAGCAUGAUUCAGAACUGUUAUGUAUAAGGCCAUGGUUUGUUUGGGUUUUUUCUUAAUUUUAUUUAAUCUUUUUUUUACACUCGAAAUUUUAUCCCCUUCCUGGUCCACCCACUGACUGUUCCACAUCCCAUACCUCCUCACCCCACCCCCAUCUCCACAAGGAUGUCCCCACCCCACUCCUACCCCCAACCCCACCAGACCUCCCCACUCCCUAGGACAUCAAGUCUCUUGAGAGUUAGGUGCAUCUUCUAUGACUGAACUCAGACCCAGUACUCCUCUGUUGAAUAUGUGUUGGGGGCCUCAUAUCAGCUGGUGUAUGCUGCCUGGUUGGUGAUCCAGUGUCUGAGAGAUAUCAGGGGUCCAGGUUAGUUGAGACCGAUGGUCCUUCUACAGGGUCACCUUCCUCCUCAGCUUCUGCCAGCUUUUCCCUAAUUCAACUAUAGGAGUCAGCAGCUUCUGUCCAUUGGUUGGGUGUAAAUAUUUAUAUCUGACUCUUUCAGCUGCUUGUUGGGUCUUUUGGAGGACAGUCAUGAUAGGUGCCUUUUGUGAGCAUUCCAUAGCCUCAGUAGUAGUGUCAGGCCAUGGAGCCCACCCCUGAGCUGGAUCCCACCUUGGGCUGUCGCUGAACCUCCUUUUCCUCAGACUCUUCUCCAUAUUUGUCCCUACAGUUUUCUCAGACAGGAACAAUUAUGAGUCGGAGUUUUUGACUGUGGGAUGGCAACCCCAUCCCUCCACUUGAUGCCCUGCCUUUCUGCUGGAGGUGGGUUCUAUAAGCUCCCUCUUCCCACUGUAGGGCAUUUCCUCUAAGGUCCCUCUGUUUGAGUUCUGAUUGUUUCUCACCUCCCUGGUCUCUGGUACAUUCUGGGGGCUCCCCCCACCUCCUACCUCCUGAGGUGACCUGUUUCCAUUCUUUCUGCUGGCCCCCAGGGCUUCAGUCCUGCCCCCCCCCCAUAUCUGAUCAUGUUACCCUCUUCCCCUCCCUGUCUGCUUUCCCGCCCAUGUCCCUCUCUCCCUGCCUGCCUGCUCCUGUGAUUGCUUUUUUUUUUCUCCCUUCCAAGUGGGAUUGAGGUGAUAAGACCUUGUUUUAACCACAGAGAGAAAUAAAAAAAUGAUGGGGGUCAUGGCUAUACUCCACCAAGUAAGCAUUACAGAAGACAAUCUCGUUAACUCCAUGGUGAUGUGGAAGGUCAGUCACCCCAUCUAGAGGAGUUGCAAUCACAUCCUGAAGACCUUCUGUAAAUUGCAAAUAGAAAACCGGUUUGGACACCACUUUUUGACUCACUUUCCCAGCAACAAAAAAAGAUCCAGGGCCUGUUCUGUCUCUACCACAACCACGUGACUGUCUCCUGUGUCUAAGAAACAGUGGGGGUGAGGUUUGGGUUCUCCUACCUAGAGACCUAAUUGUAAACAAUCUGUUGGUAUGCGUAUUAAUCUAGUGGGCCUUAUCUCGGUUCCUAAGAAACAGAUCUUCCACAUCUUAAACCAAGAUGCUUGUUUCAUGGUUCUCUUGUCCGUUGAUGUGUGAGAGUUAGAAUAAUGCGCUGAGGAAUAAAUCUUUACCACAUCUCUGUAGUAAUCAAUAGAUCUCAAUACCAAGGACUUCAAGGAGGAAAAGGGGUUUUUUAAAGAAAAAAAUCUUACACUGUGAUUUUUAUAACUUGCUGCUUCUCCCUCGUUCUGGCUGCUGAAAAGCUCAACUUCAGCCAACUGUCUACACCUAUUUAUUUUACUCCAUCAUAUUUCUUUGGAGAUUGUCUCAAGUCCUGUUUUUGAACAAUGGUAUGUGUAUAAACAGAUUCUUUUUUUUUUUUUUGGCAUUCUGUCAAAAACAUUUAGAAGCUGUUUGAAUUUCCUGCCUAGGCUUUCACUGAUUUCCACAAAUACCUCACUAAUUUUUACUGAUGACUUUGUUACAUAUUCAACCUAAUUCAUUCAUCUGAAAAGAAACAUGUUUUUGUAAAGAGGAAAGCUCACACAUUAAACAGGUCAGGGCAUCCUGCCACUGAGGAAUGUGUAGUAGACCAGAAGCCAGAAGAACCACUUCCUGGAUAUAACCUGGUAAGUCAGAACCCUUCUGAGUAGUUAGGCCAAAGCUGCAGGAGUGUUCGUGUCCACGAAGCCAUGGAGAAACAGCAAGGUCAGACUCAUACCCUGGCUGUCCACUGAAUGCCACCUCCGGCCCACAUUGAGUCCAUCUCAUACCUUAGAAAGAUGACAGCAGUGUCACCCCAGCUUGCUCAGAAAGGUGAAAGGACAAGCCACUUCUGUUCAGUAGCAGGAAAGCCCGCCCUUCUCCCCAUCGCUCUGAGAGCCAAAGCUGGGGAGGUACAGUGAAUAGAGGAUUUUGUGAGUUCUGGUGCUCAGUGACAGACAAGAUCCACGGAUUAGGAAACCCCCAGUGGAGGGAGCAGCUGAGUGGUUUGUGUGAUCCAAGCCUCUACCUCCACUCGAAUGCACUCCAAGUGUAAAUGGACGUUUGUCUUCAUUUUGUAUUACUGUUCAUCUAGAUGUCCUCUUGAAAGCUUGUGUGUGAAAUGUCUACAAUAAAUGGCUACCUUUGGUUUGCUAUAA